CGAUAAAUAAUUCUUGUAGCAAUGGAUAUUCAAGGAAUUCAUUAAUAGAUAUUGCCCCUCUCGAGAAGAACAUCAAAAGGUCAACUGAUGAACCUUGUAUCACCAUCAUCAUCCUUUCAGUCUAGUAGGAGUGCACUUAUAUCCAUUGACACCCUCGGCCACUCAUUAAUAUGCGACCUCCAGCUUGGAUACAGCCAGUGCUCUUGGCAAGUUCUCUGCUGGCACAAAAUACCAAUGCACUGUUCAACUUCGAGCCAGAAGACCAGGCCGUCCUGUCGCCAAACAACGACGCUGCAAAGAGCAAGCCAAAGACAAACAUUGGUGUGAAGAAGAACAUUGUCUUCAUCCUCACAGACGAUCAAGACGCUGUUCUAGACUCAGUCUCUUAUAUGCCCAAACUCAAAGAGCAUGUUAUUGAUAAGGGCACAUCGUUCGUCAACCACUUCACCACCACGGCCAUCUGCUGUCCAUCCCGUGUUGCACUUUGGACAGGGAAACAACCUCAUAACACUAAUGUCACGGACGUGAAUCCACCGUAUGGUGGCUUCCCCAAGUUCGUCUCACAGGGUCUGAACGAAAACUACUUGCCUGUAUGGUUGAAAGAAGCUGGGUACAACACAUACUACACCGGCAAGCUAUUCAAUGCCCAUACCAUAAACAAUUACAACUCUCCAUACCCGGCAGGAUGGACAGGAACUAACUUCCUCCUCGAUCCGGGCACGUAUGACUACUUAAAUCCUAUCUACCAACGCAACCAGGAGCCGCCAGUCCAACACAAAGGAGUGCACACUUCUGACUUGAUUUCCAAGUAUGCACAUGAUUUGUUGAAAGAAGCGAUUGAUUCCGAGAAUCCAUUCUUUGUGGCUAUUGCGCCUGUUGCGCCGCACUCAAACGUGAACCUUCGGCGGCAACCUGGAAAUCCGAGUGCACCUCUUAUGACUAUUCCUAUUCCUCUUGAGAGACAUUCUCAUCUCUUUGAGGGGGUUCAAGUUCCAAGAACAGAGAACUUUAACCCGGAUUCGCCUAGUGGUGUGAGCUGGAUUCACAAGCUGUCUCAGCUCAACGAAUCAUCAGUCUCAUACCUUGAUGACUUCUACCGUGCUCGUCUCCAGGCUCUGCAGGGAGUCGAUGAGAUCGUAGAGCAAGUAGCCAAGCAACUUGAAGACGCUGGCAUACUUGACGAGACAUACAUCAUCUACAGCUCUGACAAUGGGUAUCAUCUGGGUCAGCACAGACUACCUCCUGGUAAAGAGUGUGGCUUCGAUGAAGACAUCCGCGUCCCUCUUUUCAUCAGAGGUCCAGGUGUAUCUUCCGGAUUCGUUGAGAAUGCCGUGACUACACACAUCGACCUCGCUCCUACGAUUCUCAGACUCGCAGGCGCGGACCUUCGUGGCGACUUUGACGGAACCCCUAUCCCGGUGUUGCCCACUCAGGAGAACAAGCGACAUGAGCAUGUAGCCGUUGAGUACUGGGGCGGCGCCAUCGCUGAGGGCGAGAUUGGCGGUUUUGACGGUAAAGGCCAGAUCUUUGCGCCUAAUAACACAUACAAGGGCGUGAGGAUAGUGCAUGAGGACUACAAUCUUUACUACUCGGCUUGGUGCAACAAUGAGCACGAGCUCUACGAUAUCAAGACGGACCCGGGACAGUUGAACAACCUCUUCCCUCAUGAUGAUGCGAAGUCCAGCGUUGCACUCCUGGGCACCACUACCCAACAAGUCCUCAAUCGCCUGGAUGCUCUCAUGCUCGUAUUGAAGUCUUGUAAAGGCAACACAUGCAUUGAACCUUGGAAGAUUCUCCAUCCUGAGGGUGACGUGGCGAGCUUGAAGGAUGCUCUCCGGGCAAGGUUUAACGCCUUCUACAAGGAACAGGUGAAAGUUCGGUUCGAUCGUUGCGAAUAUGGGUAUUUGAUCGAUGCUGAGGGACCACAAGUUGGGUAUGAGUAUCGUGAGGGCCUGGAGUGGCAUCAUUGGACCUGAGGGGCUGUCUCGUGAUAAUGACAGCAUUAUUAGUGGUCUAUACAACAUGAGCUAUAGCAUCUCGUGGUGCUUCGAAUAAACCGAGACCGCUCGCGAAUAACAGGAACUAUUCUCGAUAAUCCAACUAGCGUGGUUGAUGAGUGGCACCAGACAAAUCAAGAGUCAGCCUUUGUCGGCAUAGGUUAUAGCAUCGCGACUCUAUCACACAAGAGUGGAGUACCGCGAUAUGGUCUUUUGAUGUCUUUGAGCUUCGCCAAAGCUGGGCA